UAGCCGUUUGUGUUUCACCCUCCCCCAGACGGACUUGUCGCAGGCGAAGUUCAGUAGUCGUUGAGCAUCAUCACGUAAGUUAUGCCGUUUUUGUCUUCAUAACAGCACAAUACAGCAUUAGUGUUCUGUGUGAUUUUAUUUCUUUACUGUUGUUGCUCAUGUCUUGAAAUAAUUUGACAAAUAUUCCGAGUAAUAUACUUUCGCGGUGUGUGUGUGUGUGUGCGUGCGUGCGUGCGCGAGACGUGCAAAUACUGUGUUUGGACGACGGUUUUAUAUUCUAUAAACUCUCGGGUAAGUGUGGUAUAAAUGCUGGAACGAAUUAUUGUGAAUGUCUUGAUAUAAUUUGACAAAUAUUCCAAUAAUAUACUUUGCGGUGUGUGUGUGUGUGCGUGCGAGACAUGCAAAUACUGUGUUCGGACGACGGUUUUAUAUUCUAUAGACUCUCGGGUAAGUGUGGUAUAAAUGCUGGAACGAAUUGUUGUACAUUUCUUGAUAUAAUUUGACAAAUAUCCCGACGUAAUAUACUUUUGCGGUGUGUGUGUGUGUGUGUGUGUGUGCGCGAGACAUGCAAAUACUGAGUUCGGACGACGGUUUUAUAUUCUAUAGACUCUUGGCUAAGUGUGGUAUAAAUGCUGGAACGAAUUAUUGUGAAUUUCUUGAUAUAAUUUGACAAAUAUUCCGAGUAAUAUUCUUUCGCGGUGUGUAUGUGUGUGUGCGCGAGACAGUAGGUCACUGACCAGCCAUUGUCAAUUUGUAAUGUCUGAUAUGCUGAUUAAAGUUGACAGUAUUACCCUAAUACUCCUAAUGGGCUGCUGAUAUGCUGACAUUACCCCAUCGAUAUAAACAGUGUUAUUCUAACACCCUGGGGGGGUGUAGACAGGUCAUGUGUGUAACAACAGUGCAAUUAGUCAGUGAAGUGUAUUAUAAUGUACUGUUAAGCUGCUUCUUGUCUUUCAGAAAAUGUUUUUUUCUCCCACCUUCCACUUCGAGCCCUCCUCCAAUGAUCUCACCCUUCGUCCUACUGCUGCGGCGGUGGCCCUGGCCACAAAACACCGCCAGCAGACCACUGCCAUUGUGAGGAGGACACAGAGGCCUGACGUCCUUGAGGCUGAGGCGAGGGCUAGAGCCUGUCAAAAGGGGGACGGCUCUGACGAAAUGGUGCUGGCUGAGACUGAGCUCCAGUUUGGCCAGUACUGCGGCCAAACCUUUCGGUGGCUGCUGGAAAACGAUGUGGGGUACGCCGUCUCCAUCUUGGCGUCCCACAAGAAGGAGAGAGAGGAAGGGAUGACCAUGAGAACGCCCCUCAUGGCAAACAAGGACGCUCUUGCCUCCUACGCAGGGCUUUUCCCACCCAUGGUGACAGCCAUUGCCAGGCGUAGGUUGGGCGAGAGCUCCAAGCAGAGUACAAAUGAGGUGGAUGACACGCUGUUGGGGUUUGGUGAGCACGCGCACCGUUCGUACAAGUCCUUGUACAAUGCGAGGGACCGGGAGAGUCGAACCUAUGUCGAUUGGUUACGCAAGCAAAAGAAGCUAGGAGCUGGGUCCAGGAUGCAUACCUUCCAAAACUAUGUGCUGGCCCGGGACAAAAAAUCAGAGCCACAGCCAGGCACCUCCUCCUGUGACCUAUCUGACGCUAAGAUGCUUGCCGUUGUCGCCGAGGUCGACUCUCCCAGCACGUCCAGGGACACCCCAACAGCUGUGGUCCCCUCUUCCUCUCUCUCCUCCUCCGAGCAGCCACUGGAAGGGCCAGAGCCAGGGCCAGGGCCAAGGCCAGAGCCAGGGCCAGGGCCAGUACCGAUGGCGCCUAAGAAACCUGCCUCUGGCAAAGAGCUGCUUCCUGUCAGCUGGAGGCAGACGCUGCCAGUAGAGCAGCAGGAGUGGGUGGGCCGGGCGCUGUUCAAGAGGGAACCCAGCAGCGGGAAGGUGGUCCUCACCACGCCGCUCAAACUGUGGUGGCACCCUCCUGGCCCCCGGCCCCUCUACACACAGCUCCCCGCCAAUGCUCACGACUUCUUCCAGCGCCCAUUCUUUCUGUGGAUGCCCUAUCGGAUGUGGGCAUAUCGUCUGAAGUGCCCUGCCGAUGGGCGGAAACUGAUGGGCGCUGGACUGUACAAGACCGUCCGGAGGGUCUUGGACAUGAGCGGGUGGUACUUCAUGGCCACAGAGUACCUUGAGUGCCCCGCCUGUCACAAGAAGAUUGUGAGCUGGUCACGGGACAUCUUAGACCAGCUGGACCUCGCGCACCGCAAUGAGUUUCCAGCUGUUCUCACGUACAAGUUGUCCUGUGACAUGGCGGUGAUCGGGCUGUUGAAGGAGCGCACCCUGGGCAACGGUGUGGCUCGCCUCCGUGCCUCCCUGGUGGAGCAUCACUCCAGGGAGUGGAUGGCGCGGACGAUCAAGUACCUCUCCGUGCUUGACAAGCUUAUGGCACCUGGAGCGGCACCAAAAGAGGGGUCGCUCCCAGAGCUCAUGAAGGUGCCCGGACUCGCCUGGUUCGGGUGGGUGUACGUCCUGGAUGCCAUGACCAGGCUGGACACGACCAAGGCUAAGGUGACGUCCAUUUUUGGUGACAUACUUAAGAUGGACUCCACCAAGAAGAUCACCAAAAAGCUUGCAGGCACUGCCGCUGGCUCGGCCGCCUGGAUGACCAACGUUGGCAACGAGUACGGGCAGGUACUCGUGUCCGUCCUCACGGCAGCCGAGGGGGACGGACUGGCCAACAUGGCGGCCGGCCUGAUGCGGAGGUACCGCGAAGCCGGAAAGGCCCCUCCAAAGGUCAUGUACGUGGACCGGGACUGCUGUGCCGCCGUGGGUACGUCGUCAGUACACAACAUGUACCACGAGUGGCACGAGCUGGUGGUCAGGCUCGACGUUUGGCACCUCAUGCGACGCUUUGCGAGGGGUGUCACCACAGACAGCCACCAGCUCUACGGCCUCUUCAUGGCGAGGCUGUCCUUUGCCAUCUUCGAGUGGGACGCCGGAGACGUCGCCCGCCUGAGAGAGGCCAAGCAGUCCGUGGAGGGGAAGGACGCCCACAUCAAGUUGUCCGCCAAGGAGCUCGCUCGGCAUUGUCGACGCCGUACGAGGGGUGCGGCGGAGACAGAGCGGCUCCUCCGGGAGGUGCUGGACGCCUUCUGGGACUUGACGGACAGCAUGGGCGUCCCGUUGAUCGACCGCGACCGCAUGGAGGAGAUCUGGAGCACACAGCGCUGCCACCUCCACUGCAUCCAGGACCCGGAGGGGCUGGAGCUGUACGCCCAGACAGGUGAGCUCACCAAGGGCGGUGUUAAGCUCCCCGUCUACCGGUGCGCACGUGGCUCCACUUCCCUCAAGUCCUUCCACCUGCACCGGUGCCGCUUCAUUCCAGGUACAUCUGCGAGUGACUUACACUUCCAGGUGUACCUGCUGGAGGGCCUGAUGCGGUGGAAUGAAAACCGCGGACGAGCGGCAGUCCAGGGAGGUCAGCGAUCGGCGCUGCAGUGCUACAGUGCCCAGCAGCAGAGCGUGUUCAACCGGCUGGCCCAUCGGCUCAAGGGGCUCGAGCCGGUUGUCGACUACACCCAGCCCAGGGAGUACACAGGGGAACUCUUGGGGGUAGAGUAUUUGUACUCCCAGUCGGGCGCUGUGCUGCAGCAGUUUCCCAACGCUCCGGAAGGGACCGACGAGGACGAGGACGAGGACGACACCGUCGACGGCGGCACACUGACCGACGAGGGCUUUGAGGAGGAGGAGCCGGAGGAGAUCCGUCUCCUGGCCCAUCACGACGCUCUCCUCCUCCAGGAGCCCCACAGUGUGCCUGUGCGUGAGGCCUCGUCAUCCCAGUUGGGAACUCCACCACCCCCCGUACCCCCCGAGGACGACAGGAUGGAGGUGCAGCAGGCUGCGGAGGAGGAUGAAGACGUCGUUGGGCCAGACGGUCACCCCGGUUACCAUCACGUGGUGGCCCUGGCCCACGGCCUCGUGGAGCUGCGUCACCACGCCUUUGUCACCGCUCGUCAGUCCAGGGAGGUUGUCGCUCUCUGGGAGAAGCUGACUGAGAGGGACAAGGCUCCGGUGACCUUCCCCCGCCACCACCAGGACAGGCUGGUCAAAGGUCGAUUCAAGACCAGCAACCAGCACGCUCACACGCCAGGAGUGGAGAGUGUGAAGCGUGUUGCCCUGGGUCAGGGCGCAGGAGCGGCACAGUCUCCUAAAGUCAGCAGGCUUGUUGAAGCCAUCAUGCUGGAGCUGUGCCGCAUUCACACCCAGGACACCAGGACGAUCGCCGGGGUCCGCAUCAACCGCUGGGCUGGCAUCAUGAGGGACUAUAAGCAGAUCCGGCACAACGUGGUCAACUGUCCUGCCCUCAUGGCGUGCACCCGCAUCCAGCUGUUUGAUGUCAAUCAACGGACCCUGUCCAUGUGGCACAAUGAGAGGAGCAAGGCGCUGAUGAGGGACACCAUCGCCCUCGCAGUUCCGGGGCCCAGCGCUCCCCAGGCUGCAGCGGAGCGCCUGCCUGCCCCACGGGCUCCGCUGCAGGACCCCCAACAGCCAGACCAGCCCCUUGAGCACCACGUGCCCGCAGAUGCCUCGGGCCUGGCUGUCACUAUCAGAGGGCCGCUGGCCCCGGAACUGUUUGACCUCAUUGUCGACCACCAGAGUGCCACCACCUCCUCAGCGUCAGCCACCACCACCUCCUCCUCCUCAGCGGACACCACCACCACCACCUCCACAGCUUCGACAAAAGCCACUGCUCCAACUGUCGCUCCAGCCACCAUCGCUCCAGCCAUUCCCCGCUCUACUGCCUGGAGGCGCCGGGUACAUGCUGAGAUGGAGCGUCGUGCCCAGGAGCUAGGGAACUUUGCAAAGCCCUACAAGAAGGUUCCCCAGUUCAUGUGCAGGCGCUGUGGCCAGCCAAAGACCAAGCAGUAUGGCCACAGCCGCUACAAACGGGGGACCUUCUGUGCCCAGGCUGACGGGGGGACUGUGGAGCAGUGGCUGUCGGCAAUGAAGGACAGAGAGCGCGAGGAGGCUGCCGCCGCCGCCGCCCCCACCCCCGCCAACACCAUCCCUAACCGCACCAUAUUCCCAGCACCCUAGAA